UUAUAAGGCGCAAUGAUAGGCCUAGUGUGAAAAUAUGGAGUCCGUUUGGGUCGUUAUAAAAUGGGUGAAAGAAACUAUGAUGUCAAACUCAAGUUUUGAAACAAUAGUUGCUGUUGCCACGCUGUUGUUGUUGCUGAUGUUUGUCAGUGAAAACUGGAAUUGGCUCAAAAUCCCGGGUCCAAUUCCGUGGCCGAUUAUUGGGAAUCUAGGAUCACUCAAAGGCACGAAGUUUCUUAGCAUACACGAAAUGUACAAAAUAUAUGGCCGGAUAUUUCGUUUGAAGUUUGGCCGAGUAAAAGCGGUCGUUCUCUGUGAUGUUGAAUUGAUAAAAGAAGCAUUGCUUGAUAGAGGGAGGUCUCUCUCAGGUCGUCCGCAGUUUGCAUCGUAUAGACUGGUAUCUGGUUGCAAGAGCGUUGUUACAAACGACCCACGUUGUUUAAGGGAAUGGGUAAACUACAAGUCGACGAUGGUACAGACUUUAUGCAGUAUCUCAAACAACAAUGAAAUGAAAGAACUUAUGAACGAACGCAUCGGAUCUGUGCUUGUUUAUAUGAUCCAGGAAUUAGAGAAAGGUGGCGAUGGUCAGAACUUUGCAGAAGAUAUUGUCACUAAGACAGUCGCAAAUUUCCUGUGCACUGUGUGCUAUGGGGAAACCUAUGAUUUCAACAGCAAGGAAUUCAACAAUUUGAUUGAAAUGAGCCGACAUUACACGGACAACUUGUCAAAAUCGAUAUUGCGCGACAUGAUCCCACUUGCAGAAAUUCUUCCAAGCGUAAACAAAGGAAGAGCAGAUUUUGCCAAGACGAGCUACCACCUCCACCUCUGGUUCUUAAAAAGGGUAGAAGAGGUCAUUCAACAUUUCCAACCAAACAAACUAAACGACUUGGCCUCAGUGAUGGUCUCUGACUUAACUAAUGACCCCACAGAAAAUAUUUCUAAUAUAACUGAAAAGGAUCGAAACUCGAUAGCAGCAAUUAUCAACGACUUGGUACAAGGUUAUCAUUCUCUGUACUCUAUGGCGCUAUGGGUGGUCACAUACAUGAUAAAGUACCCAGAAGAAGUGAAAAAGAUUGAAAACGAGUUAAAUGAAGUGUUGGACGACUAUCUUCCUACGUUACAUGACCAGGAGUCUCUACCACACACCAUGGCCUUUAUCAAUGAGGUUUUGAGAUGCAGACCGAGCCUUCCAUUGGCGGUACCGCAUUCAGCUACGGAGGAUACCAAGCUCGGUGGAUACGACAUCAGCAAAGACACGAUGGUGGUAGCAAGUUUAUAUUCAGCAAAUCGUGACCCAAAAGUGUGGGCGAACCCGGACCAAUUUGACCCAAGUCGAUUUUUAGCCAAAGAUGAUUUGGGUGUGAAAGUGUUGGAUGAAACAAAAGUGGAACAAGUGUUCACAUUCUCUUUGGGGGAUCGAAAAUGUCCAGGCGAAGACAUCGGAAGAUCAUUUCUUUUCUUAACCACAGCGUACCUCGCGCAUACUUGCAAGUUAAAGCCAGACCCAGCCAAACCACCAACUUUUCAAACUAAGCCUGGUUCGAUAACCAGACCAAAAGAUUUUGGUGUUCAGCUUAAUGUUAAAAAAUGUUGGCUGGGCGUGUUUAAGCCAGAUGAUAACGAAGAGUAAGAAGAUGUAAAAAGAAAGUGAAAGCAUGGACCAUCUUACCCCAACCUGCUAUUACUAGGUGGAGUAAGAUCGAAAAUUGUUUUAUAAUAAUUUAAAUCAUACAUCUCCCGAUCGUGUUUAUA